AUGGGCUGUGCAGGAAUGAGGUUUGAAGGUGAAAGGUCAUUUGAAGUGCAUGAGCAUAAUCGGGCAAAGCUGAGGGCCAUAGACGUAGUGGUCAGCAAAGGAGACAAUGCAGCAGAUGAAAGACAUAUCAUGCUUACUUCCCUUGGACAUCAGAAGAUUUCCAGCAGUGCCAUCAGCACAGAACUCUGGAAACUAGUGAGAUCCAGUUUUAUCAGAGUUGUAGGAUGGAGCAAAAGGAACAGGAAAACAGCAGACAUCAGUCUCAUGACAAACACUGGGGACCUUGGUUCUAUUAGAAGAAUAAAACAAGUUGUAUACAAAAAAUGCCUUCUAUGUAUCUUCCAUGAAUGGAUCUUCAAUUUCACUUAUUUAAAAAGUAUUGAAAUCAUUUUGACAUACAUGGUAGGAGAACAUGAAAAAAUACCAUAUCAAAGAAGAGAUACAUGGUGGAGAGAAUCACUAAGGCCAACCCCAAUCCCAGGGUUUUAUCCUGUACGAGGUUUUCUUGAAGAAGCUCAGUUGAACCCAGUGAAGGCAACCUAUAAUUUUAAAGGUGAAGGGAGAAAGAGAGCAUCCAUCUAUGAGCAAUUACCUGAUCUGACCUUGCCAAAUGCUUUCAAGUACUAUCCUCCUUCAUUUGUGGAACUGGCAGAGAAAAGACCUGCUACUUAUUCCUUUAAGAGUACUUCAAGGCAAAGCAACUAUCCAGUCAACAGAGAUAAGAAUAUAAACACUGAUCCUGGACAAUAUGAUCUUUUCCCUCGUCCAGUUCCUACUUUUCCUACUAAGAGCUAUAUGUUUCGAUCUGCAGUUCAAAGACACCCCAUUUUUCCUCUGAAACAAGGUCCAGGCCCAGGUGAGUAUGAAAUAAAGGAUGUCCAGCCAGUUCCAAUACGAUCGUCCUUCAUAUCAAAAGUACCACGAAUAUUGCCAGCCCACACUAAAGUCCCUGGUCCAGGAUAUUAUUGGCCUACCAAGCAGGCCCCAAGACAGCCCAGAACUAUUGCCAGCCUUGGACGGGAACAUACCAUUUUCUUUAGCAACGUUCCUGAACUUUAGGAUAGAAAGAAUGCAGCACUCUGACACCUCAACUCAUCCUAUGCACCUCUGCACCUUCAUUAAGACAAGCUUGCCAAUUUUCAUUCUUCUGAAUUUUAAAUGGGUUAUUAUGUUGUUAACCUAUGCAGAUGCUAUUUUAAUCAUUCUGUUUUCUAGCAUCCUAGGUUGUUUUGGGUUUUAAAUCAUGGCAUAUCUCAUAACUGUGGUUAAAUCAUGACAUAUCAUAUGACCGAAUAUUUUAUAAUUUGCCUGAAUUUAAUUGUUCCGAGGCAGCAGUAUUUGCUAGAUGCAAGGUCAGCACUGGAAGAGAAAGAGAAUAGAGAUGACUAAGUUAUCCAAAAAGAUCAGCCUUCUCAUCUUUUUCCUGAUAAGAAGGAUAUUUUCGUGCCAGCAUGUCUAAAUGCCAUACCUUUCUAUUUCUCAUUCAACCUUCUCAGAUUGCCAGGGCAUUGUUUAUGAUCAAUGAAUAGCUUAUUUCAAAAUAAUGACAUUGUAAUCAAUAGCAUGCACUGGUCUCUUUGCAGAGUUUCAAAU